AUGAAGGUUGAGGAUCAUGGACUGGACAGGGCCGCGAUGAUCGAGGCUGCAUCGCGCAGCCUCCGCCAGCAGAUGCGUGGGGCGCUGCGGCCUCAAUCGAAGACGGCACUACACGAAGGUGCCGAGGAGCCUCGGAGUGCUGAACAUGCGCAGCGCCGCAUUCGCAGCGCGGAGAAUCAGCACAGGUCGGUCUCCGAUCCGCACACCGAACCAGCGCCCGCGAGCACCGUGGCGCCGACGCCGUCCACGUCGGCCUUGGAUAACUACCUGGAGGAUGAUGUUGAAGAGGAUGUCACCGGGCAUUCAGGCCUCGAUGACGUGCCUCGGGUGCCACACGACUUUCCCCAGGAGCUGAAGAGACCGGCGAGUCGAAAGAAGGACCCUUCGGCCUCAGCGGCCGCCGGGCUGGGCGCCUUCUCGGGCGCGGUGAGGAUGACCGAUGCCUUUGAGCAAAAGAAGACGAGGCAGCCCAUUCCGGUGGAGAGCUGGGGCCCACGGCCACCGAGCCGCGCAGGGCUGCCGCCCAAGGCCGAAGCGCUGACGGAUGGAUUCAGCACGUCCUGCAGAGGUGUUGGUGCCUCCAGCUCCAGCGUGGGGCGUCCCUUCAACGAGCGAGAGACGAGUCAAGGCCGCUCGAGCAAGAGCCACGAGGCGCCCGCUCGGAAGGCGGAACAGGCCCUGCCUGGCUCCAAAGUGGUGGGUGGCACCUGGGCGGCGGCCCGCGCCGAGCCGCGGAGCGCCGGACCGGGACCGGGCACCGCCAGCGCCGAUGCCCGGCGCGGCCGUGAACGCCGCGCCACGCGCAGCGGGCCCAAGGCCACAGACCUGGGCGUCUUUGGCCGCGGCCAACCGCUGACAAAGAGUCUCAGUGACCCGGGCGGCGGUUUGUCGAGACGGGUGAUGUGGGCGAGGGAUGCCAUUGCAGCGGGGUCUUUCUGUGAUGCGGGGCCACAGCGGGUGAUCUCAGCUACGACCAAGAGCCGGUCAGAGAAUGAAGUGAAGGACCCCAGUGGUCAGCUACGGGUGGUGAAGCAACUGCCAUGGCUGGGCGAGUCGGAUCGUGAAAACGCCUUAAGGGAGGUGAGAUUGUUGUCCUCAAUGAGACAUCCAUGUAUCGUCCCCUAUUUUGAAAGCUUUCUGGUGAGAUCGACCCCUUCCUUGCCUUCAGAGGAUUUGCUUUGCCUAGUCAUGAGCCGUUGUGAUCGUGACCUGCGACAAGAAUGUCUCCGGGUGCGCUUAGAAUGGGAGCUGCAAACCUCCGACGCCGCUGCGGCGUCCGCGUCCCGCGCGACCGGCAGCAGCACGAUGCUGUCGAAACCACACAUCCCAGAGACGCAGGUGCUCUCAUGGCUGGCACAGUUGGCCUGGGGUCUGCAGCAUCUCCACUCGCGGAAGUUUUUACACCGCGAUCUGAAGCCCCAGAAUGUGCUCCUGGCACAGCAGGGCAAGCGUGUGAUGCUGGCGGAUUUCGGGGUGGCGGGCCAGGUGGAGCACACCGAAGACUUGCGGCGUUCCAUCGUGGGGACUCCGGCCUUCAUGAGCCCUGAGAUGUUGGAAGGGAGGCCUUACAACAGCAAGACGGACCAGUGGGCCUUGGGUUGCGUUCUCUUUGAGAUGAUGGCCCUGGAGCCCCCCUUCGCUGGCCGCUGCGACUCCUACGCCGCCGUGGUCUCCGCCGUGCUGCACGCGCCGCCCGUGGAGGCGCCGGACGGCUACAGCGAGCCACUGAGCUCAGCGCUGCAGAAGCUGCUGGCGCGCAAGCCGCAUCACCGGCCGAGCAACCGAGAGCUCUUGAGGUCACAAGUACUUCGGGAUCCUUUUCACGAUUUCUUGCAGUCCUUGGACAUCACUUUAGAGCGGAAGGCUUCGUUAGAGCCCUGGGCGAAAAGUCGUUCCAGCCUAGCCUCAUCUCCACCCCCUGCUGCCACCCCACCAGCCGCCGCAAGCCCACCUCCCACCGCGCCACCGGCCAACGCCGCGGGCGGCUCGGCGCGGCGGGCGGUGCCGUACCUCCGGCAGCUGCAUGCGCCGGAUGCACAUGGGCUGAACGGGCACGUGAUGAACGGUGCGAACGGCGUAGAAGAUGUGCUUCCGUCGCCCUCCUCGAGUGAUGCCACGCCGAGUAAGAGCCACGAAAGCAGUCAUGGGCGAAGUCAAGACCUGGGUGGCACGGGAGGAUCCUCCAACUUCAUGGGUUAUGGCAAGAGUACUCCGGGCCUGCCUGGUUUGGUCGAGGACGAGCUGGGCUCUCCCUCGCGGUCGCCCUACCCGUCCGUGCAGACGGAGGGCUGCGGCUCGUAUCCCAGUGACUUCGAAAGCGACUCCGGCGCGCCGAACGCUGCGGUGGAACACUCGGAGCACUCCUCGGAUCAAGAGAUGGACUUCCUGGAAGACCUCCAGGUCGUUGAAGACGAGACCUUCCCAGACUCCUCCGUCACACGCAAUGAGUGGCGGAACACCGAGUGGCGUCAGCUCUUGGCUGAAGCGGAAGCUCUCUUGGUGCCCUUGCCAGAGGUGCAUUGGGGCGAAGAGACGCAGAAGUUGCGCCACACGCUUUCGUCCUCCUUGGGCGGUGACGAGAAGGUGGACCAGGCCCUGAACUUCCUUCGGGAUCGGCGUCCCUUGGGCGACACCAUGGAGGCCGAUGAGCUGCUCCUCCAGGUCGAGCUGAUGGACCUGCUGGGGGAGGAAGGCAUUCAAAAUCUGUUUCGCCACAACGUCCCGAAAGCAGCACGGCCGGUGCUGGCGGAGCCGCAAGCUCUGGAGGUCUCCGGCUGUGGUUUAGGCGACGCAUGGCCCGCAAGCCCCCAGUCGUGUGGGGGCACGCCGCCCACCCGGCGGCCAAGAGGGCAUGGUCAGGAGAUGCAGAUGGAAGACGUGGAGGUGGACGACCAUGUGCUUCACCCCAACUUCCGCCGUGGAGACGCCACGCCUCCCCAGGUCAUUGUGACCCGCUCCCAUGGCGCGAGCCGCGCCAGCGUGGGCUCCCGCGGCUCUGGUGGAGCUGCGCACCCGAGGGAAGGUGUGCGGCACACGGGCGGCGAGAGGAUGCCGUUUCCCACGUCUUUGGACGUUGACUUCCUGAGCCUCUUCGCGUCGUAG